UCAAACGCUUGACUUGGCUUCAACUAAACCAAAAGGUAAUUAAGAAAAAAAAAAGCGAGAUCGAUCGAGAUGGCGUCUAGGUUUCUGGUCUUGUGUGUCUCCUCUCUCUUCUUCUUCUUACUCGCCGUCUCAAGUGCUCCCACGAGUGGAUAUUACAAAGGAGAUAAGGUCUUCGACGUCAGAAACUACGGUGCUCGCGGCGACGGUAAAACAGACAACGCUAUUGCGAUUGCAAAGGCCUGGAACGAUGCUUGUCAAUGGAGUGGUGGAAGCUCAACGGUCUAUAUACCCCUCGGAACAUUCUAUCUCAGUCAAGUAACGUUCACUGGCCCUUGCAAAAGUUAUAUCACUUUUAUAAUCACCGGAACCUUGACGGCUCCUCGGGAUCCUGACGUCAUCAAACAAGAAGCAUGGAUCGAGUUCCGGUACGUAGACAAUCUCACCGUUACAGGAGGAGGGUUGCUUGAUGGUCAAGGUGAUUACUCUUGGUCCCUCAACGAUUGUAACAAAAACCCUAAGUGUCGUACACUAGCUAUCAACAUAGGGUUUGCGUUCGUUCGAUCGUCGAGGAUCAACGGUCUAAAUUCGAUCAACAGCAAAAUGGGUCACUUCAACUUAUUCGCGGUCGAGGAUUUUAACAUUACCGGCGUGACUAUCACGGCUCCUGGAGAUAGCCCUAAUACCGACGGUAUCAAGAUUGGUAGAUCCAAGGAUAUGCACCUUUACAACGUCACUAUUGCAACCGGUGACGAUUGCAUCGCAAUACUUGACGGAACUACCAAUUUGGAUAUCUCUGAUGUCAGGUAUAUUAAUUAGCCUCAGAUAUAGCUUAAACUCAAAUUUGACUAGCGGAAAUCUAGCAAUCUCCUUACCGUAAAAUAUGUAAAGUAUCGUAAACCAUAAGAUAGAUGGUAAUAUUCUCUGAUUUAUUUCUUUUUUUGUUUAAGCAAAAAAAU